CAUGCUCCGAGGUAAUAUGCUUCUCCAAAUAGUCUGAAGGACAUUAUGAGGUUGUCGGCAAAACUUUGUCGAUAAUGUCAUUGAUAUCAUGUGUAUAUAUGUCAGGUCAUCUUGAGAUCCAGACACGAAUCUCUUGCAGGUUAGCCACCACCAGAAGACAACAACAGUCAGAAUGGUUUCCGCUGAAAGAUUGAAAGAAAUAUGUAUACCUAUGCUUGAUCAAGUGGCUUACAAGCCACGAAAGUUACGAGUUGGCACCAUCGGGGCUGGUUAUUCGGGAUUAGUUCUCGCCCACAAGAUCCAACAUGAACACCCUGAGCUCCAAGACUUCAUCGAGCAUGUUAUAUUCGAAGCCAACGAUGAUAUUGGCGGAACUUGGAAAGUCAACUCCUACCCGGGGGUCCAAUGCGACGUGCCGGCACAUAUAUACGCUUUUCCGUUCGACCCAAACCCGGAGUGGUCCAAGUUCUAUGCGGAUGGUCCAGAAAUCCUGGAAUAUAUGCAAAAGACUGUCAAAAAGUGGAACCUGGACAGGGACAUACAGUUCAGCACUAAAGUCGUUGCCCUAAAUUGGCUGGAAGACCAAGGAAAGUGGAAGAUCAGGAUACGAAAACACGGGCAAGAAGAGAGAGAUGAACUGGUCGACGUCCUGGUUUCGGCGCAGGGGUUCUUGAGUCAAUGGAAAUGGCCAGACAUCGCAGGUCUACAUGAUUUCAAAGGGCACAUAGUUCACUCUGCGGCAUGGGACCACUCAUACGACUACUCGCACAAGAGAAUUGGCAUCAUUGGCAAUGGGUCGUCCGCCAUCCAGAUCCUGCCUCAGAUGGCCAAACUGCCCGGCACCCAGAUUGUGAGCUUCCAGAGGGGAACUACUUGGAUCACGCAGAGUCUAGGCGAGUUACUAGCAGGUUCUCAAGGCGAGCCUGAGCCUCAAGACCAGGAGAUCGUGAACGGCGAUGUGGGCAGCGUGGACAUGGCGGACGUCAGUGAGUCUGACGAGGAGAUUGGCAGCAACUUCAACCCGCGAUACACCAGGAACGACAAGAGGCGGUUCAGAGAGCCUGAGAAACACAAACAGUACCGGAAAAUGCUGCAGCACGGCAUGAACAAAGGUUUUAGAGUUUUCCGCAAAGGAUCCGUCCAGAACUCAAAGUCCACCGAGGUCACCAUCGCUCGCAUGAGGGCCGCCCUCAACAACAACGAGGAACUAUGCCAGCAACUAAUUCCAGACUGGACAUUCGGGUGCCGCCGCCUCACCCCUGGCGAAGGCUACCUCGAGUCCUUUUUGCUAUCAAGCGUGAGACUCGAAAAGUCGCCUAUCGAAAAGAUCACGCCGACAGGCAUUCAGACGGCCUCACAGCAUCACAACCUCGACGUGAUAAUUUGCGCUACUGGGUUCGACGUCUCGCAUGUCCCGCACUACCCGGUCACAGGGCGUAACGGAAUGACUUUGGCGCAGAAAUGGAAAGACGAGCCAGAAUCGUACCUGAGCGUCGCGUGCCCUGAUUUUCCGAAUUAUUUUAUCUUUACGGGUCCGAAUGCCACGGUCGGUCACGGCUCGCUGCUCACCAGUAUGACAUGGACGGCCGAGUAUAUCGUCAAGUGGCUGCGGAAAAUUGCGGGCGAGGAUAUACACAGUGUAGCUCCAAAGCAGGCCGUGACGGAUGAAUUUGUGAGGUAUGGCGACGAGAUUCACAAGACGUUGACGUGGACGGGGGGUUGCAAAAGUUGGUAUAAGAAUCACAGAGUCCAUGGGCGGGUGACGGCCACGUGGCCUGGGAGUGCGCUCUUGUUUCGCGAGAUCAUUUCGCGGGAGAUUCGUGGUGAGGAUUUUGAGAUACGGUAUAGGUCUAAGAAUCGGUGGAGAGGGAUCAUGGGGAAUGGGAUUACGAGGUUGGAGGAGAUGGCGGAAGAGAGUGAGAGAAAUGGUGGCGAGGCGGUGGAUUUGGCGUUUUAUAUUGAUAGGUGAGGUUUACCGUUUAC